GAGGAGCUGCAGAUGGAGGAAGAGGAGGCAUCCUGUCCGUCUGUGUCCAGAGGAGAGGGAGAGGAGCGGCCGCCAUGUUAACCAAGAAGCCCGGAUCCUCGGUCCUCCCGACGGGCAAAGUGGGCGUGCCGGUGUACUCUCCAGGUCACAGUGGCUCUCAGACAACGUCGCCUGUCGCGCUGCCGCGACUUCGCAACAACAACCACAACGCCCUGGCGGGAGGCUCUAAAUCCGCCAUGUCGGAUGCCGUCCAGCUGUCGUCGCAGUCGCAGGUCCACGUCACCCAGCUGUACGAGGAGAACACCAACAAGCGUCCGGUGCUGACCUCCCAGCCCAACGGCCUGGCUCCUCUCAGCUCCACGCGGCCGGGCCUGCCGCUGCCCGACCGCCAGACCUCGGCGUCGGAGCCCCCUCACCACUGUCGGCAGGGCAGCGCCGCCUCCAACAAGUCGACGGACAGCAAGCCAAAGCCCGCCUCCUUGACCCCGGAGCAGGCCAUGAAGCAGUUCAUGUCCAAAAUGUCGUCGCUGGAACACCACGAGGUGUUCAGCUACCCCGAAGUGUACUUUGUUGGUCCGAAUGCAAAGAAGAGGUCAGGGGUCAUGGGCGGAGCCAACAACGGCGGCUACGACGACGAUCAGGGAUCCUACAUUCACGUUCCACACGACCACGUCUCCUACCGCUACGAAGUCCUGAAGGUCAUCGGCAAGGGCAGCUUUGGACAGGUGGUGAAGGCGUUCGACCACAAGUCUCAGACCCACGUGGCUCUGAAGAUGGUCCGCAACGAGAAGCGCUUCCACCGGCAGGCGGCGGAGGAGAUCCGCAUCCUGGAGCACCUGAGGAAGCAGGACAAGGACUCGAGCAUGAACGUCAUCCACAUGCUGGAGAACUUCACCUUCCGAAACCACAUUUGCAUGACCUUCGAGCUGCUCAGCAUGAACCUGUACGAGCUCAUCAAGAAGAACAAGUUCCAGGGCUUCAGCCUCCCGCUGGUCAGGAAGUUCGCCCACUCCAUCCUGCAGUGUCUGGACUCUCUGCACAAGAACCGCAUCAUCCACUGCGACCUCAAGCCCGAGAACAUUCUACUCAAGCAGCAGGGACGCAGCGGCAUCAAGGUCAUAGAUUUUGGUUCUAGCUGUUACGAACAUCAGAGAGUUUACACCUACAUCCAGUCGCGCUUCUACAGAGCGCCAGAGGUCAUUCUAGGCUCCAGGUACGGGAUGCCCAUCGACAUGUGGUCUCUGGGCUGCAUCCUGGCCGAGCUGCUGACCGGCUACCCGCUGCUGCCGGGCGAAGACGAAGCCGACCAGCUGGCCUGCAUCAUCGAGCUCCUGGGCAUGCCCGGCCAGAAGCUGCUCGACGCCUCCAAGAGAGCCAAGAACUUUGUGUCGUCCAAAGGCUACCCGCGGUACUGCACCGUCACCACGCUGCCCGACGGCACCACCGUGCUGAACGCCGGCCGCUCGCGGCGAGGGAAGGUACGCGGCGCGCCGGGCAGCAAGGACUGGAGCGCGGCGCUGAAGGGCUGCGACGACCCGCUGUUCUUGGACUUCCUCAAACAGUGUCUGGAGUGGGACCCGGCGCUCAGGAUGACGCCCAGCCAGGCGCUGCGCCACCCAUGGCUGAGGAGACGACUCCCCAAGCCGCCGACGGGAACCACCGUGGGGGAAAAGACCUCCUCCUCCUCCAAACGAGGCACCACCAUGACAACCGACGGCGCCAUCACAUCCAUCUCGAAGCUCGCCACCACCUCCUCAACCACCACCACGUCCUCCUCCUCCAAAACCAGGACUAACUUGGCAGCGAUCACCGAUGCCAACGGGAACAUCCAGCCUCGGACGGUGCUGCCCAAACUGGUCAGCUGAGAGUGAACGCACCCCGCUCGCUGUGGCGGGAGACGUGAAGCUCGUGGAACUGAAAUAAAAACUGGUUUGUCCAGUUUCAAGGAGCGUUUGUUUUUUUCACGCCGGUGUUCACAGCGGUGUUCGGGGAAAACACAGACGUGGAAACAACGUGACGGGGGAUUUGAAAAUGUGCAGAGCGGCCAGGCUGGGACGCCGAGCUGAAGGAAACUUUAUGGAUAAACUGGGGUGCGUUCAGAAAAGAGACACGUUGUGAGUGAGCAGCGAGACAGGAAGUGACCGCACAAGUUUAAAAUGAUUGUGUGGCUGCUCAGAUAAUCUGAACUCAUCACUCUGUAGCUCCAAACACUCAAACACAUCACAGAAACAUGGUGCUGACGGAGGGAACAGGCUUUUUAUGUUUUUACCACAGAAUCUAUUUAGCUGAGCUGAUUAAUCGACACCAAAAACUACUUUGUAUGACCUUAGUCUUACAGGGUUAUAUCUGCAGACACUUGUCUGGUGAUAUGUGUGCUUUACUGACAAAUAAGUCGGAUAUAUCCUCGUAAAACUACAAGUAACAGCUGCAAAAACACAACGAUUAGCUCGCUAAUCUUUGUCUCGUCAUAUCAGUAUGAAAUAAUCUUUUGUUACGUUUCAGUUUGGGGAACAUUGGUUUUACAUUUGUCAUUACUUUUGACUUGAGUACACUAAUAAUCAAAACAAAUCCAAACUGAAGCAUCUACCUGUUAGCUGGCUAACUUUCUUAGCUAGCCUGUGUUAUCGAACUAGCUUUGUGCCUGUCAGCUGGCUAACUGGCUAACUAGCUAACAACGACGGGUUAGUCGUUAGACAGCUAUUUGUGAGUGUUUAGGUGUCACUUUACUACCUUUUGUACACACUUUAAAUCAGUCAGCUAGCUAUAGCUGGCUCACUAUUUGCCUUUUUGGCAGUCUGGUGGCUAGCCUUAGCCUUUUUUUAGCCAUAGCCUGUUAGCUCUCCACUGCCCAGCCUUACGAAGCACAGAUUUAGAGUGAUUUUGUUUUUCGUUUUUUCUGAAGGUUAGAAAGACAAAGGAGUUCAAAGAAGUAUGUUUAAGGUGAGGUCGCACCGUUUUGGUCCCUAUUUAAUUAACCAAAUCUGAUUAUCAAGGAUGCAAAAUGGCAGAAGGGAGCUGUGAAGAUGGAGAAGAAGAGUGAAGGCUGUUAUAUGAAGUUAUAAAUCAAGUUAAAUCAAAGGGCUCUGAUACAAAAGAAAAGAGAGUUAUUUUAACAACCGAAGUCUGUAAAAUGAAUGUGCGGCUGCGACACGAAGCAGCAGACGAGACUUUAAUUGGCUGAAUCAGGGAAAUGAACGUGUCAUAAAGGUAAACAUAUUUAUUCUGGGGGAGGUGGGUAAUAUUUCAAGAUUAAAGUCAAACAUUUCAGAAUGUCAAACUUUGAAAAUGUGAAAUUUCCCUGAGAUCAUAAAGUCAGAAAUAUCCAAGAAUACAUUUAGAGAAAUUAGAGUUUCAUCGCAAAUAUUUGUAUUAUUUUGACCUACAAUGGCCCCAAUACGCCGUCGUGCAACAGAACGCUAAAAGAACAAUAUAGUAUCUCUCGACUUCUGGAUCAUUUUAAAAACAAUAUUUAAAUUAUUUAUUUUGUGAAUUAAUGAAAAGAAAAGAAAAAUCAAUGAUUGUCGAGGCAAAUCUGUAUUUUGCGCCCUAAUGGAGCUCCAGCCUUCACAUGACGCCAAACAUACAUGUUGCAUAACGUCAGAGUGUUUGUGUAGACGGCUGUAAAACUGGAGGAAGAGACGAUGCAGGGCUGUCAGGAUUUAACAGCUUUAAAUAAUCGAUUAAAACAAGUCUAUGAGCAGCCGCUGCGUCUGAAGAAUAAAGGCGUUUUACGAGCUCUUCAUGUAACCGGAGCCCGGCAGCAGAUAUAGCCUGAAGGUACAGGAAGAGGUCAGCUGGUCUCCAGAAACAACUUCUGGUUAAACUUUGUCUCUUUGGUGAUUUAACAGGACACUCAGACGAGAAGUGGACUUUUUAUUUGGAACGAAAGCCUCGUGAGCAGCACAAUGACAGGCGCUCCGCUUUUAAUUCAGGGUUUCUUUCAGAGUAAUAAACACUUCUGAGAGAAUUUAGACACUAAACAUAUCCAUGUAAACAAAUAACAUCAUUAGAAAGAGGUCCAGUCACAUCAGUGUGUCCUGCAGACACACAGACACAAUUAUAAAUUACAUAAAGAGCAAUUCAAAACUAACGGGUUGAUUUUAAGAUGAGAAAGCAAAGAGUUGGUGCAGAUUAAUGCAGAUUAAUGCAGAUUAAUGCAUGUUUCUAUGUCAGGGUUAGUCGCCGUUUGUGGCACUAAUUCACCAAUCAGGUGCCAUUAAAUGCAGAAGGAGACGAAGUCUUUGAAGGAGCUCCGAUGAAACAUCGAAGGAACGUAAAACAAUGUGGGAAGCGUUAAUUUUCAGGUUAUUUCAGGUGUAACGUAACGUAACGUAACGUAACAGUGCAGGAAAAAAACAAAGCAGUCAAAAAUAUUUAAGUCAUUUGAAAGAGACGAACACCAAAAUUAAAACAUAAAUUGUUUUUUAUGCGCACUACAAAUGCUCUUUACAUAAGUAGGAUCUCUCAUUAUUAAUCCGUUGUGCAUCUUAACAAUACAAUAAAAUACAAUUAGUGUUUGCUUUUGGCCGACCGUGAAACAUUAUUUCUUAUAUCCUGUAACUUCUAUAAAACCUAAACUUGUGUCGGUGUCUGUCCUGCGACUUUAUCGCUAACAUCACAUGAAGGAUUCACUCGCUGCUAUUUCCUGGUGUGACUGGACCUUAAUGAGAUCAUCACAACAAGCAGUACAAGUACACAGAGUGUGUACAACAGAUACAGCAAGUACACAGAGUGUGUACAACAGAUACAGCAGAUUGCUCAAAGGUCAAAUGCAUCUAUCGAUGUGAUCGGGGACGGGAGUUAUUUAUUUACUACAAUUUUAAUUAAUAUUUAUUAAUCUACAUAUUUACUAUGAUGUGCAGUUCAUACUUGAAUGUGUGUGUGUUGUAUGUAGCAGUGUGUGUCGACGUUACGAGAGGUUUUUCUUAAAGCUUGUUCCCUCACACACAAACACACACACGCACACGUACAAAACCACAGCUGUACUUGAACGCACCCGCAGGAAGUCGAGUCGUACUGGGACGAGGAGGAGGAGGCAGGAAGUAGCACGUGGGGACGAGGACGGCGUGACGCGCAGAAGGAACUGACGAUGUGAAACAGACUCGACCGGCUCGUGAUGUUUAUUUGUUUGUUUGUUUUCUAAGGAUUUGAUUGGUUGGUUGAUUGUGAUUUUUUUAUUUUUUUAGGAGAGCGCUGAGAGUCGUAACUUUGUGCCUUCAGUAUCUCAUCGCCAUGAUUACGCUCCUCCUCCCCCCCCAACACACACACACAUUCACAGCGCCGAUGUCAUAGCAACAAUGUAUUUAAAACAUAAUCAUUUAGAAUAUCUUUGGUGCGACUCACGGUGAUGUCAAAGUGAGUUUUGGCGGCAAAGUCUGCGAGCUGAUUGGUUCCUAGUUUAUUUUUAAGCAAAGCCCAAAGACACCAUGUGACCUCUGACCCCCCCCCAAACAAAGUGUGACGAUGGAGAAAUAAGAGUAUCUUUGUGCAGAAUUUACAAAGAGUCAAUCAAAUGCUUUGCACGAACAAUAACGAGGCUUUAAAAGUACGAAGAGAAUAUUUGAUUUGAUUUGUUCGGGGACAAACGAAGCGUUUUGUCCCUCGUUGAGGAAGUACUCGCAUUAGCAUAAUCAUUAUUACAAAGUGUAAAAAUUGCACUGUAGUUCUGUUUAAAACUGUGAAUUAGAACAAAACAUACAUUUGAGGAAUUAAAUUCCAAAGAAAUAAUUAGAAAAUGAUUCAAGACUUGGUGGAGACGGGUAAUAUUCUCCGGGAUUCAAGAUUCAAUUUAGCAGAAGUAAAUCUCGCCACGGAAACACAAAACAUAAUGAAGCGAGGAAGGCUAGAAUAUAGAAAUACUCGAGGUAAAUCAAGAGUUCACACACAACAUAAUGCAAAUGUUCAAAUUAGAAAAGAAUGAAAUCAAAUAACAGAUCGAAGAAAAUCAGUUCAAAGUUUGUCGGACUAAGAUUGUAAAAGUUAUGAGAUUAAUCAACAAAUGUGACGAAGUGUUAGAAUCACGAGUGUUAUUUGUUUUAGUAAUUCCUCAUUUGAAAUGAAAGUCAUAUCUAAAUCACUAAAUUAUCAUUUUGUUAGAAAAUGAUAAGAAAAUAGCCUCAUUUUUACUUAGAAAGGCGAAAUAUUCACUCAGAAUUUUGAUUUAACAUUUAUUUUUAUUGUCAUUCCUAAAAGGUCAGAUUUUUAAGAACGUGUUUUGGUAGAAAUGUGCUUCCAUGUUGUUUACAGAGCCAGCGGAGCACCAAGUGUAGCUGUGAACAUACACUGACAUCAAGCGCGUGUGUGUGUGUGUGUGUGUGUGUGUGUGUGUUGGGGUGUAAAACAUGGCUGCACAAUGUACAGACACAUAUCAGCCAACUGUCGCCUCGUUGUCGACAGCCUGGCCCCGACGCCUGCUGACGACAGGGCUAAGCUAACACUAGCCGAUCGCUAGCGUCCAGCCGCUAGCUGCUGCACUGAUGUUUCUCUACAGUGAAGCUAACACUAGCCAACUGCUAACUGACUGCUAGUAGCACAUAGCAAGUGUAUACCUGCUAGCUGUUAGCAUUAACGUGGUUUUAAAGCGUUCUUUUUAUGGAUGCACCGAUUGUGUAACUCUGGGCCGAUUAGCUGAUGUUUUUGUUAUUUAUUCCCCAUUUUGUGCCCGAGACUCAAAGAAAUCUUCCUUCUAAAGAAAAUGUUCAUCUUUAAAUCGUACUAAUAAAUGUAUGACCCCUUUAAUACUAGACGGGCCCUUUGGAGAGCUCAGACCACCGCCAAGGCCAAUUCCAUAUGUGAACAAUAAUGUUUGUCUUCUUCCAAGUUUCAUGAAGAUUGGGCCCGUGGUUUUUCUGCUGACUAAACUGAAGAGAGUACCCUGUCAGAUGUUAACUGCUUCAAAAGCCUUCGCAGCCUCCUGAUGCGACACAAUAUCUGCCACCAGUGAAUGUCAUCUUAUUUGCCAUCAACAAGGCGAAUGUCGGUCGAUUCCGAUGUUUGGCCGAUUAAUCGGUGCAUCCAUAUUUCUUUUCUUUUUCAUGUUGGUACCUCAGACUGCUCAGUUAUCAUUGUUGUUAUUAUGAAUAUUACUGUUGUCAUUGUUGUGACUAACACCCAGGGCAUUUGGUUGAAUCUACCAAAGUGCAUUCCUUUACAAAGCAAGCCGAGAGCUAGCUGCUCAAACAGACAGACAGGCAGGAAGUAAGACAGACAGGUAGGAAGUAAGACAGAGAGUAGGUGGACGGAGGGAAGGAGAACAUGUGAUAGUGUUUUUAUUAUUAACAGGCUGCAGUCACAGAAACAUGAAGUUGAACUGACCUCCUGGUAGCAUUGUGAAAGCACCUGUAGCCUAACUAGCCUACUAGCUCGUUAGCCAUUUCCGCUUGUAUCGGGAGGUCUCCGUUAGCCGCUGUUACCGUGAAGCUGCGCUGUAUUUCUGUGACGUUUGCCAGCUGGGUUUUAUUGUGGAUUUUAUCUGUAAAUAAUGUGGAAAAAUGUUUGAAUAAUAAUUUUGAGGGGGGGUGGGGGGGGGGAUGAAUGCGCUGCUGUGCCACGCGGCGGCCAGUUUUACAAUGUACUGUAUCUACUGUACAGAACACAGAAGUCAACACUUUUCUAGUGAGCCUUUGUUAAAUUUUAUUGUGGUGGAAAAAAAUUAUUAUUAUUAAUAAAACAAUUUUAUUGUUCAUCUGUU